ACUUCUGUGGAGCAGAGGGCACCAGUAAAUAAGACGAUGCCGACCGCCGUUAAAGAAGAAGGCGCAGGUUUUAAUGCGCGAACUGGACUUUUAUUUUGGUGUGGUGUUGUGACGUCACACGCCUGCGCUGUUGGGAUUCGGCGGAAGAAAGGACAAACACAGAGAAGCUCUUGCUGAGACGAGCUGUUAAAGAUGAUGUUUAUUAAAGAGGAGCGUGUAGACUUCAGGAUUGAAGAAGUGUUCAGUCUGAAAGAUGAAAACACGGAGGAACAAACAGCUGUGUGCAGGAAUCCUUCAAAGCUUGUCCACUGCUUGAUUUGUCAUGAGCCCCAGACCAGAAUUGAACACCAUCUAAGCAAUAUGUGCUUACGAGAUGCGGAGGAUGGCUGUAUCCAGCAAGAAGUCUUGAGUGCAAAGGAGUCACAAGAGAAGUGGAAAAGAGAGGGGAGGAUUAUGAAUCUUUCUGAGGUCAAGAAAUUGGUCAGGGAAGACCCAUCUUGUGACUCCUUGGCAGAGUACUUCCGGUCAAAGGGAUUCCUCAUCAAAGAAGAGCGUGACAGCACUGCAAGCCAGGAGUCCGAAUUGCUUGCUCUCAUUGAGGAGGACAUGGGUGAGGUGUCCAAACGCCUCAGCCAACAUAAACGGGUCCCUGCAAAGACCAAGACGGUCUUUCGUAGCUUCUGUCUCGCCACAGUGAUGUGGGUCCAUCACCUGGGUCCUACGAGCAUUAAAGAGUUCAAGGUCCAGGAAUGGAACGACAGGGUGAUGGAGGGAGAUGGAGUCGUUGUAAAGCUGUCCAAAGGAAGCAUAAAGUUGAACAAAAAAGAAGAACACUGGUUGGACUGCUACUUCAAGCACAUCCGGCCUGAAUAUUUAAAUGCUCAACCUCUGAAGGGAGACGACAGGGACCGGUUCUUCCUGGGAGCUUCGGGACUUCCUCUUUCUAACCCAACGGCCGAUGUGCACCGACUACGAGAAAAGUACGUCAAGAGGCUGCAGGAGCGACCUACGCCAGCACCAGAGCCGCAGGCAGGAGCGGUGGUCAGUCCACCCCGGUCAGCUGCUGAGGAGGAGCCACCACAGAUGCUGGAGAGGACAUCUCCACCUACCCCAGUGAUGCAGCUCCCAGCUCUGAGGUUUUGGGGAGCGUUUGAAGACCUGUUUCCCAUUACUCUUCAUGGGAAGCCUCCGACAAAGGUGCAGGCAGCAGAGGCAGGAUUUGAGGACCGUAGCUACUACCACUACUGGAGGAGGCUUCAGUACAAGCUGCGUAUACAGUAUAUUCUUGAGCAAUCCACUGACAGGACUGGCCAAAAACCCCUGGCAUCUCGUGUCCGGCGUGCCAUUGCCAAGGAGACCAGGUGGACCACCAAUGUGCCCUCCGUGGACAGUGUUCUGCUGGUAGUCUCCAAGCAGGAAGGGGAGCGGAGGCUGGAGACGCUCUCUGGGGAGCCGUCAUACCGUUUCUUCUUCAAGGGCAAGGGUGGCGAUCCUCUCUGCAUCCAUGCACAGAAAUUCUCCUGUGACUGCCACACAGACAAAGAAACUUUUGGGAGGAGGAUGAGUCAUUCCCGAAGGAGAAAUAAUGUGCGGCAUCAGAUAGUUUCCUUAAACUGUCCAGACGGACCCAGGGAAUGUGUUCCGUUCUUAAGCUGGGGAACAAUAGUCUGUUAAGGAGGGGGGAGAAAUGGAAGGGAGGAAAGAAGAGAAAAAGAAGGAAAAAAAGAGAGAAAAAAUGAGGAGAAAAGAGAAGAAAGGGACUUUUAUGCCCCUACCCUCCUAAGUAAUGUUUUAGGAAGUGUAUGUUUGCAAUCAAUUAUUUUUAAAACA